AUGGCUGAAGUCGUUUUAGGAUCUCAAUGGGGUGACGAGGGUAAAGGAAAGUUGGUGGAUAUUCUCUGUGAGGAUAUCGAUGUUUGUUGUAGAUGUCAAGGUGGUAACAAUGCUGGCCAUACUAUUGUGGUUGAUGGCAAGAAGUUUGAUUUCCACAUGCUUCCAUCUGGAUUAGUCAAUCCUAAGUGUAAAAACUUGAUUGGCUCAGGUGUCGUUGUGCAUCUUCCUUCUUUCUUUGCCGAGCUCCACAAGUUGGAGGCCCAAGGCCUUGAUUGCAAAGGCAGGUUGUUCAUCUCUUCUAGAGCUCAGUUGGUGUUUGAUGUUCACCAGAGAGUGGAUAAAUUGAGAGAAGCGGAACUUUCCGGAAAUAAGAAAUCUAUUGGUACUACGGGUAAGGGUAUUGGCCCUGCCUACUCCACCAAGGUUUCCAGAUCUGGUAUCAGAGUGCAUCACUUGGUGAGUGAUGAGCCUGGUGCUUGGGAGGACUUUGUUACUCGUUACAGGAGAUUGGUGGAUACUCGUUUGAAAAGAUACGGCAAUUUCAAGCACGAUUCCGAUGCUGAGAUCGAGAGAUACAGAAAGUUGAGAGAGGCUGUGAAACCUUUCGUCGUGGACUCUGUUCCAUUUAUGCACAAUGCUUUGGCUGACCACAAGAAGGUUUUAAUUGAAGGUGCCAACGCCUUGAUGUUGGAUAUUGAUUUCGGUACAUAUCCUUAUGUGACCUCAUCUAACACUGGUAUUGGAGGUGUGCUUACCGGUUUGGGCAUUCCUCCUCAAGCCAUUUCCAAGGUGUAUGGUGUUGUUAAGGCCUACACUACUAGAGUCGGUGCAGGUCCGUUCCCAACCGAACAGUUGAAUGCGACUGGUGACAAGUUGCAAAGUAUUGGCCACGAGGUUGGUGUUACUACUGGAAGAAGGAGAAGGUGUGGAUGGAUGGACUUGGUGGUUUUGAAGUAUUCUACCUGGAUCAAUGGAUACACUUAUUUGAACAUCACCAAAUUGGACGUGUUGGAUUCAUUCAAAGAGGUGAAGGCCGCUCUCUCUUACAGCUAUAAGGGUAAGACUCUUGAAUCAUUCCCUGAUGAUUUACGUAUCUUAGGAAAAGUUGAUGUUAUUUACAAGACUUUCCCAGGUUGGGAGGAAGACAUCACCAAAGUGACCAAGUACGAUGAUUUGCCAACCAAUGCCAAGAACUACUUGGAGUUUAUUGAGGACUUUGUUGGUGUUCCAAUCAAGUUCGUUGGUACAGGUCCUUCCAGAGAGUCAAUGCUCGAGAAACCCGAGAAGAACUGA